AUGAUGCUUGCUGAUUUCCAACCCGUCUUCCUCACACCCCUGUCUCAAACCGAGCCGAUGGAACGCCUGGUACCUCGCGCACCAAGACCUGGAAAGAGGCGCUCAGACCGGGUGACUUCUUUGUUGAUGAACAACCUGGAAUUGUUUCAAUCACCGAUGCUCUCGGGUGAUGCUUCUUCUUCUUCUCCCAACAAGAGGCCGUGUCUCAAACUGCAACCAUCCUCAUCAUCAGUGAGUUCAUCUCCUUUGUUCAACGAUGCUCUGGAGCGCAUGCGCCAAAAGGGAAUGCCACCACGCAGCGUGAUUGCACCGGCCAAGAAGCGUCGCAGUGCUCCCACACUACCAGAAGCAUCUGCCAGGAGGGGUAGCAAUGGCUCUGCCGAGGGUCCUGUAGUCAAGCACGAAAUGGACAGAACACCCAUCCGCUCACCUCCCGUGCGCUCCAACAGUGGACUUGCCCGCUGUGCUUAA